AUGGCAGCCAGCACCGUGUGGAAAACGACCAUUUUCCAGCACGCGCCUCUUUGGAACCAGACGAGUUCAUUAACGCAGCGGUUCCAGGGAGGAGGCGCCACUCUACUGACUGCCAAAGAGGUGACCAGUGUGGAAGAAACCGAAGAGCAAAUGAGAGAAAGUGCUGUACUGCUGAAGGAGUCUUCAGUAAUCAACUUUGAAAGUAAAGAAAGUUUGAAAAAUGCUGAAGUGACUUCAAGUACAGGAUUGACUCUUCCCACAGGUGUCUCAACUUUUCUAAUAGAGUGUUUAGAUGUAGAUUCCACUGCAGACUAUAACACAGGCUCUAAUGACAGCGUGAACUUGUGCUCGUCCCCUGAAAUAUUCAGAGAUGAAGAUAAUUCAGACAGAAGUAACCUUUUCUGCGAGGACUUUGUCAAAUACAAGAACUCAACUCUCCUGGACUCCAGCAAAGCAGUGACCAUAGAUAAGAUCCCACAGAUCUCAAAUCUGUCAGCAAUAUUAGAACCUGUGCAGGAGGAUUUUCAAGACCAAUACACUAGAAGAAAUAAACCAUCAAAAUGCAAUUACAGUUCUUCAGAAUUAAAUGUUUCAACUACUGUAGCAGGGAAAAAAGUCUGUAAAAUUACAGUUGUGAGAGAGAGAACUCCAGACAAAACUGAUCUUCGCUGUCCUCCACUGGACUAUGCGGCUGAGCGCGAGGGCAGGAUCGGGGUUGCAGAACUCCCGGGUGGUGUAAAUGGAUCCGCGUGCGAGCGCCCGCAGCGCGCCGCAGCGAGCGCGCGGCUUUAA